UCUUUCAGCAACAAAGCCACCUUCCUGUAGCAACUUCCCCUGAAAACUAGCUGGCAACACCGGUGUUCACUUGCAUUAGAGACGCUGAAUCAAAUGUAUGUUUGAGGAACAGCAUGAACUUAACCAGAAUGAGCCAAAACAUUAGGAGCAUCGCAAAGCCUCUUCUGAUUGGCUGCUGAGGCGGAAGUAACUCACAGCAUUAUAGCCACGCAGAAAGGUCUUCUUCCUUCGCUCAGGACUUUAACAUCUCUGUGCAGAGCAAGAGAUUUAAACCGGCGACGGUGUGUGAUGUCAGCUGACGUCCUUCUGAGCGGUGGUGCUCCGAUGCGCCGCGGGCCCUACAUCAGCAUGAUCACCAACCGGACCAUGAACUUGCUGAUCCGUGCUGCCAUGCUCUUUAUGGUGGGCGUGUUUCUAGCACUCGUGCUAAACCUGCUACAGGUGCAGCGUAACGUCACUCUCUUCCCUCCAGACGUCAUCAGCAGCAUUUUCUCCUCCGCCUGGUGGGUUCCUCCCUGCUGUGGAACAGCUGCAGCGUUUAUAGGUUUGCUGUAUCCCUGUAUGGAUCGUCGUCUGGGGGAGCCGCAUAAGCUCAAGAGAGAGUGGUCUAACGUGAUGCGCUGUGUGGCCGUCUUUGUGGGCAUAAAUCACGCCAGUGCUAAGGUGGACUUUGCGAAUAAUGUGCAGCUGUCAUUGACGCUGGCUGCCUUGUCUGUCGGCCUGUGGUGGACGUUCGAUCGUUCACGCAGUGGUUUUGGGCUGGGAGUCAUCAUUGCAACACUUGCCACACUUGCCACCCAGCUGCUGGUUUACAACGGAGUCUUUCGAUAUACCUCCCCUGACUUCCUGUACAUUCGGUCCUGGCUGCCAUGUAUCUUCUUCGCCGGGGUCAUAACAGUGGGGAAUAUUGGACGACAGCUAGCUCUGUAUGAGUACAAAGUCAGUCAAGAAAAGACCCACCAGGAUUAAGGAAGAAUCCUCUGCACACACGGGAAAAUCCAGGAUAAAGUAGUGAAGCAGGAGCACCAUGACUGACAGAGUGAUCCAUCAUUGAGGAGGAGCUGCUGGACAGUGUUAUGAUUUAUACCUCCAGAUCUGUUUCCUGCCUCCUCAGACGCUCAGGUUCUCUAAGUGUGUGUAACGGUAAGAUAUGAUGUUGUUUACACACUCUCAUACUGUCUUCGCCAGCGCUGAAAUGCUGUAAAGCUGCUGUAAAGUGCCAAACUGACUCUGACUGAUCAAACUGUGUGACUGUCCUCACCUCAUGACUGGAGGCAAAGCCUGGUGUGUAAAAGAUGGGCAAUGUAUUGACUGAAUAUUUACAUGCAUUUCAUGCACAGACACAAAACUCAAUCGCAAGAAAUGUUCUAUAUGAUCUUGAUACUGUUGUGGCCUCUAUCCUCUGUGACGGGUGAAGGAGAGUCAUCUGAACAAAGCACCAUCAUCGGAUCUCAUUCAUCAUACAGAAAAAUCACUGGUCAUUAGAAGUAACGAGAGUAAUAUAGAGUAUUAUGACAGGGCAUCAAGUCUGUUACAUAUCACUUUACUAAAGGGCAGUUCACGUCUGCUGUGUCUCAGAUCCAACAGUAGUGGGCGUCAGAGGAUAACUGACCCGUCACCCUGUGUUUGUAGAUGCAGUGCUAAACACAAAAGACAUCAUAUUUUCUAACAGACUAACCAGUGUGCUGUGUUCAUUAGUUGAAUAUUUUAUUGUAAUGCAUUCCUCGUUAUAGCCAGGGCUGCGUUUCCCAAAAGCAUCGUAAGCUUAAGUUGAUCGUAGCUCCAUUGGUUUGAAUGGGUCUACGAUGUACUUAAGCGUACCAUGCUUUUGGGCAACGCAGCCCUGAUCAUUCCUUGCUAGACCCGAAGAACUCAUCAGUUUUGACUGAAUGAAGCAUCCCUUAGCUCCAGAAAUCUCUUAGUUUCACAAUACAAUUAAAAUGCUUCUUAAUGACAUUCCAUUUGAUCAUUACCAAAGCCUUAAAAUAACUUUAAGAUAACAGAUAGAUUGGAGCUCAAAGUAAAGAGGAUAGAGGAGGCAAACCACAAUCUGUGCACUGAUUUUAGAGAAAUUAAGGGAAUUUUUUUUAUUUUUUUAAAUCUUGGCUCUGUUUAUUGGGAGGAUAUUUUAUGAAAAACUGAGUAGAAUGCAAAAUAAGUGGGAUCAAUGUGUUUUAAGUGUUACAAUGAGACUUGACAACUUAAACAAUUGUAGACUUGCAAGAGUAAUUGUACAAUUUGUACGUGACCAUCUGAAAGCGAGCAUGUUGGGAUGUUUUCUCAGGCAUGGGUGAUUACUUGAUCCACGGUUUGUAUUUAACCACAUUUACCGUUUUUUGAAAUUGAAGUUACAUGUUUGUUAUUAUUACAUCUGCGUCAUUAAA